AUGGCUGCUUACAUGUACACCUCUGCCACUGGCAACAAUUGGGACGAUGAUGAUGACAACUUUAACAUCGAUACCUACAAAGCCAUAGCCGACUACUUAGUGCCCACCAUCGAUGACUUUGGUCUCCUACAACACGCACCCGGCAUUGCUGAAGAGGAGGACCACGAAAUCAAGCAGUUCGCCGCGCCAGCAGCUCUCAAGUCCACCGAUAAGUACGAUUCGGUUCCUUGUUACCAGUGGCCAUCACCCGCCCAAGCAGCUGCAGAGCUCUGGAGCAAGGACGAGCAUCGCCGCCCUGCCUAUGUCGAGAUGAGCCACGACGGCGAUUCCACCUAUUCUGAUCGGCGCUACAACUACAACACCAAUUGGCUGAGUACCAAGGUCAGCAUGUGCCGUAGCAUGAAGAUUCCGAUUAUGAUGAAGCCGUCCCCUCUUCAGCAGUCGAUGACCUGGGAAGAAGAUAGCAAGGGUGAGUACAUCAAGGAUGCCAGUUUGCUAUUUGCCUCGACAUCAUCACCGGCGCUAUCUCAAGAUAGUCAUUCCGAAUAUGGACAAGACGGGCCAUUCACCCCGCCCGAUUCACCAUCCAUGGUACUUGUUGGUGGGUGGAAGGACAGAGUUGAAGAACCAGGUAGAUUCAUUGAGACAUCUGGCUGCAUGUUGAUUCAUACCGAUCAGUACGAUCCCGUAACUGCUGCCAUCGAUAUCCCCACCAAUUUCGAAAAGCUGGACGAAGUUGAGAUCUCGCACGAGUUUGUCGACUUCAACCAUAUGUCGGAUACUCUCCUUAUCUCGGACAUUUUGGGCGACGCUACGAGCAAAACACAACACCCAUAUUACGAUCAGACUAGUAUGCAGACGGAAAUGGAGGUCGGCAAGCCACAAUCUAACUCAACCUCAGGCUCUCUCACAUCUUACACGCCACCCGAUUCGCCUUCUCUCAGCAAGGUCGAAGAAGAAGCGAUGUGUGGCAAUCCCACCGCUUCUUCAAUUGCAGGCGAAGAUGGUGGUCGCGUUCGCCGAGAUCCCAUGGUCGACCUCACAAUAGUGAACGCCAUGACCCACAACCUCAUCACCAUCGUCGAGGCCACUCUAGCUGACCACGAGAUCGGCAAUGUAAACAUUGAGGAAGUCACCACGAAGACUCUCGUCCCUGUAUCAGGUGCAGAGUACUGGAUCUGUGGCGAUGUAAUCGACAUUCACAACAAAGUCUUCGGGCUUAUUGAAUUCGUCAAGGCUGCAAAAGUCACCGCGGAGGUUAACGUGACCGCCGUUGAAACCGCCCGCAUGGCCGUAUCCGAUGCAGAAAUUCGGAUCAACCAUAUUGCUGAAGACUACAACCAGGUCCAGGACGACAACGGCCAUCGUACGUCUACGGUUGGAGACUCCACAUCACUCGUCAGGACCAACAGUCCAUCACCUGACCUGGAGUACAUUCACGACCUGAGCAAUACUUCACAGGUAUGGAACACAGUCGCUACAAGCUGGUUUGUUCUCUCGUCUUUACCAUGGGGUUGCAUCGCUGUCGCUGCUGCAGGUGCUCUAGUCGACCUAGUUGCUUUCGUAGCUCGUCGCUAG